GCGUGGUCAGAACGCCUAGGGCUUGGUGCGAGCUGUGCCUUCAUCUGCUGUGGCCCGGUUACUGCCUCGGCUCCCUGAACAAAGAUGUGGCGCUUCAUAAUCACAGCAAGUUUGGUCCAAGGCCUUGUAACUUCAAAAACGCUUGUGAGGAGAAAUGUGAAUCCAGAAGUAACUAUGAAUAUUAGUGAAAUUAUUUCCUUUAGAGGAUAUCCCAGUGAGGAAUAUGAAGUGGUGACAGAGGAUGGGUAUAUCCUCAGUCUUAACAGAAUCCCUCAUGGGAAAAGGAAUCCAUUGAACAAGGAUCCUAAGCCAGCUGUGUUUCUGCAGCAUGGCUUACUUGCUGAUGGCAGUAUCUGGGUGACAAAUCUGGACUACAAUAGCUUGGGCUUUGUGCUGGCUGACGCUGGUUAUGAUGUUUGGUUAGGAAACAGCAGAGGUAACACUUGGUCCAAUAAACACAUCAAUUAUACAACAGAACAAGAAGAAUUCUGGAGGUUCAGUUAUGAUGAAAUGGCGAAAUGCGACCUUCCAGCUUCAAUAAACUUCAUCUUGAACAAAACUGGCCAGGAGCAAAUAUUUUAUGUUGGCCAUUCUCAGGGCACCACUAUAGCUUUCAUUGCAUUUUCAACGCUGCCACAGUUCGCCAAGAAGAUAAAAAUGUUCUUUGCAUUGGCGCCAGCCGUCACCGUAAAGUUUUCCUCCGGCCCUAUAGCCACGAUUGGAAAGUUUCCUGAGCUGCUGUACAAAGAGCUCUUCGGAACGAAGCAAUUUUUCCCCCAGAACAAAAUUUUAAGAUGGCUUGCUACCCAUUUGUGUGACCAUAUGCUACUAGAUGAACUCUGUGGCAACGUUUUCUUUCUGAUAUGUGGGUUUAAUGAGAACAACCUAAAUAUGACUCGAGUAGACGUAUAUUCAACACACUGUCCAGCUGGAACAUCUGUACAAAAUAUGCUUCACUGGAGUCAGGCUGUGAAGUCCGGGGAGCUCAAAGCCUUUGAUUGGGGGAGCAAGAAAGAAAACAUAGCUCACUAUAACCAGCCAACGCCGCCUUUCUAUCAGGUAAAAAAGAUGACUGUCCCGACGGCACUCUGGACCGGCGGUCACGACUGGCUUGCAGAUCCCAAGGAUGUUGCCCUGUUGGUGACUCAGGUCUUGAACUUAGUUUACCACAAAGUUAUCCCUGAAUGGGAACAUCUAGAUUUCGUCUGGGGCAUCGAUGCCCCACAGCGCAUGUACAAAGAAAUCAUUGCAUUCAUGCGGAAAUAUCAGUAAGGCUUUGGGGUACUUCGGAGCUGUGGUCCCAAAGUAUUUCUUCAGGAAUCCAGUACAGUUGCUUUAGGGCAUGCGGCUUUAAAAAAAAUCACCUUGGAAAAGAUUCCUGUCCUUAAAUUCAUGCAGUAUUAUUAAUCUCUCUACAUAUGGUAUAGCAAUACCUCAGGAAAUGGAAUUUUUGCACUGCUCAUAAGCAUCUACAUCCAUACAGCUUUAAUGGCGGGGUUGAAAUGCAGUGUAAGAGGUCUCCGAUCACAGUAGCUUGGAGAAAAUAAAAUGCCUUACCUCUAAUUUCACAUGGCUUUUAUAUAUAAUAAAAUCUGAAAGUAAAGCUGAUAUUCUCAAUUCCGAUGUUGGGACGAGUGGGGAGCAGGCAGCAGGGAGAAGAAGUGAAAGCCCUGCUUGCAUCUGUGACCUUGAUGUUGUGAAAGCUAUUUUUAAAAGCAUGGUUGAUUAUUUUCCCAUAUUUGUCAAGCGUCGAUAACCCCAGUGGCAGCCUGCAUAGUUUGUAUAACGUGGGCUGACUGGGCACAUUUCAAGAAGACGGCACACUCCAGUGGUUAAUAUUCUUGCUGGAGAUUUGUACAGCCUAGGAUUCCUGUAGGACUCUUCAUCUUUGGAGCUUGUAGCCUGCUCAUUCUGAAGCGUAUUUCUGGAGCCCCUCUGAAACUAGCUACCCCCUUGUGAUUGAAGCAAAAACCAAGCUGAUUUCAUUUUUUUUUUUUUUUUAGAAGACAGCUCUGUGUGAUCAGGAAUUAAAAUGCAUGCCUUCCCCAACCUGGUGUUAUCCAGAUAUGCUGGACUACAACUCACACUAGCCCCAGCCAACAUAACCAAUGGUCAGGGACCAAUCAAAAACAUCUGGAGGUCGCUAGAUUGGGGGAAGCUGCCUUAAGAUGUGGUACUGGAAGAAGAAAUAUAUCUGUUUCAAAGAAAAUGUGCAUAUAGCUCCGUCAUCUAAGAUCUUGUCAUAGCUCUGGAACGAGAUGCAUGUGUUCCUCUUCCAAUGUUACCUUUUUCAUACAUCUUGAAGAUAUGGUUGCUGUUCCAAGAUGGUGCAGCUGUGACUCUUGGAAGCACAUGGCAUGCAGCACUAAGUGAAAAGAAUAGCAUCUUGACCGUAGCACACAUUUUACCUGGAAAUUAAGUCUAUUGAAUUUUUUAAAAAUAAAACUUGUUUAAACUUAAGUCCUUUGUUACUGGAAUGCGAGUUCUGAGCACUUAGGAGAAUGCUGGGGGCCGUAAGUCAGUGAUAGUGCACAUGGCUGAUAUGUAGAAGGUGCCAGGUUCAAUUCCUGGCAGGUCUGGGUCUGGCUGCUAAAGAUCUUUGUCUGAAACCCUGGGCAGCUGCUGCUGGUCAGUAUCAACUUCACUAGAUUAGAUGGAACAAUGGUCUAACUCUGAAGAAGGCAGCGUCCCAUGGCUGAAGUCCUAUGGCCCAACCCUUAACAUGUUCAUUGAAACUUCCUAUACUUAAAAGAGUACAACCUUAAUGUCUCAGACCCUACAAACAUGUUAGGGCUUCCUUCUAUAUCACACGAGAGUUACGAAAAUAUAUGUUUAAACUGAGGAAAUCUCAGAAUGGAGCUGCUGUAAAUGAUUUUGCUUUUUAAUUUUUAACUACAUUUCAGAACUUACGGGAAAUUCCACUUCUGUAACUUCACAGGCCCAUACAAAAUGGUUAAAAGAAAACAUUCCCUUUAGCAGUUCUUGGCUUUGCAGUUUGUGUUCUUAAAUGUACAUGCCUGUUUUUCUGCACUGAUGAACUGACUGCAAUGUGUAGAUCCGCUGACGAGUACCAAAGAGGUUCUGUCAAUUAUACGGUGCCUGUGCUCUGACUUAACUUUUCUAAUGUCUGUACUAAAAUUAACUUUUCUAAUGUCUGCACUGAAAUUAACAUCUGGAAAUGGGAACCGCCCAUGCUCAAAAGAAAUGAUUGAAUAAAAAAUAAUUUUUUAAAAUAA